ACAAGUGGGCACGAAACCCCAUACUCCAAUUAAAAUAACAUAUGUCCACAGAUAUUUUUUCAAAAUUCGAAUAAGCCACUGUUACGUGUCUUGUUCACAUCAUCCACUUCAGCCAAAGUUACUUCAAUGGUCGGAUAUCGACACGUGUCAUUUAAUCAGACCAUCUCCAAGAAAAAAUAUCCCAAAUCUUUUUCCGCUAUUCAGUCCCCCAAUGAACAAUCCUCUUCACAUUUCUAUUUUCUCCUCCGAGGUCGUCUCUCGACCAAACCACAAAACCAGAACAAAAAUAGAUAAAAAAUAAUCAGAUCUGAGAUCGAACAAAACAUGAACACGUUAAUCCCAUCGGAGAAACGAUGGAUCAUCACCGGUGUUUUACUCGCGGGUUUAGUUGGCGGUGCUUUACUCUUCACAAGCUUCAUACGAGCCGCUGACGAAACUCUCUUCCUCUGUUCCACCGCGAACGCCAAAAGCAGAGCGGUGGCUGCAGCGGCUGAUUAUGCAGCGACUCCGAUCCAGCUUCAAGCGAUCGUCCACUACGCGACAUCUACCGUUGUCCCACAACAGAAUCUUGCUGAGAUCUCGAUCUCUUUCAACAUCUUGAAAAAGCUAGCUCCGGCUAACUUCCUCGUGUUUGGUCUCGGCCGCGACUCGCUCAUGUGGGCUUCUUUAAAUCCACGUGGGAAAACCUUGUUCUUGGAAGAAGAUCUUGAAUGGUUUCAGAAAGUGACCAAAGACUCUCCUUUCUUACGUGCGCAUCACGUGCGUUACAGGACGCAGCUUCAACAAGCCGAUUCGCUUCUUCGCUCGUACAAAACGGAGCCAAACUGUUUUCCGGCGAAAUCUUAUCUCCGGGGAAACGAGAAGUGUAAGCUAGCUCUCACGGGACUCCCCGAUGAGUUCUACGAUACAGAGUGGGAUCUGUUAAUGCUCGAUGCUCCUAAAGGUUACUUCCCUGAAGCUCCGGGAAGAAUGGCGGCGAUUUUCUCGGCGGCGGUCAUGGCUAGGAACCGGAAGAAACCUGGAGUUACGCACGUGUUCUUGCACGAUAUUAAUCGGAGGGUGGAGAAGACUUUCGCCGAAGAGUUUUUAUGCCGGAAGUAUAGAGUCAACGCCGCUGGGAGGUUAUGGCAUUUCGCUAUUCCUCCGGCGGCUGCGAACGCUACGAUUGACUCUGGUGACUAUAGGUUUUGCUAAGAUUGCGACACGUCUCUCUCCUUAUUUCCUCUUUUGCCCUUUUUAUCUUACUUUUUUCGAGGAGUCUUAUUACAGCAUUGGGUUCACUUAUAUUAUCUGAUUUAGUGCCGACAGUUUUGGAUCUGCAUCUCGUGUUUCGUUAUUGUUAGUUACAGACUUUCCAAAAUUUCAUGGGGCAUCGGCAUUCUAUAUCACAUUUUUAUCAUAUACACUA